AUGACCAAGAGCAGGAUUCCACUGCAUGUGAUGAUGUUCACGUAUGCGUCGUAUUUUGUUGUUAUUUUACUAGGACAUGCAAGAGACACAUUUGGAAAGUUAUUUUUUCCUGGAUACCACAGAAAGUAUAAACAGGAUGAUGGAAUGCCUCCUCUGUACAGUAGUUUUGAGAGUUUUUUCAGUAGAAGAUUAUUUCAGAGGAUUAGAGAUUGCUGGGAAAGGCCUAUUGCUGGUAUACCUGGCAGAAAGGUUGUGGUUAUAGAGCGUGUAUCUGUUGAUCAUAAUGAAAGUUUCAGACAUACAGGCAAGAUGAUGGAGUUACUUAAUUUUGGAUCAUAUAAUUAUCUUGGGUUCAGUAGUAAUCAUGGACCUAUCACUGAAAAGGUAAUAGACACAUUAUAUAAGUAUCCUCUUGUAAUGGCAGCACCUUCGAGAGAGGUUGGAUGCUAUGACAUUAUAACAGAGCUUGAGCAAGAAAUGGCGUCUUUUCUGCACCAAGAGGAUUGUAUUGUGUUUUCGAUUGGAUAUGGAACAAAUUCUGCAAAUAUACCUGUGUUAUGUGAUGAAGAGACUCUUAUAUUGUCUGAUGAAUUCAACCAUGCAUCAUUGAUCACUGGUAUAAGAAUAAGUAAGGGUACUGUGCGAGUGUUUGAGCAUAAUAACAUGCACGAUCUUGAAGAAAAGCUUGUGUUCAACAUUUCACAGGGACAGCCGUUUACACAUAAAGCAUGGAAGAAGAUAGUGGUGAUUGUAGAGGGAAUAUACUCGAUGGAGGGCACAAUAGUGGACAUGAAGAAACUAGUUGAGCUUAAGAAAAAAUACAAGUUCUACAUAUUUGUGGAUGAGGCACAUUCGAUAGGUGCGUUAGGUUGUACUGGAAGGGGCGUGUGUGAACAUGCAGGUGUGGACUUUGGAGAUGUUGAUAUUUUCAUGGGCACGUUUACCAAGUCAUUUGGAGGAAUGGGAGGAUACGUAGCAGGAUCUAAGAGGUUGGUGACAUGGCUGCGAUUCUACAGUGAUUUAUGCGUGCAUGGUGACCAGCUGCCGCCGUUUGCAUGCUCACAAAUUUUGGAAAGCCUUCGAUUCAUAAAAUACACGGAUGAAGGAAAGAGCAAAAUUGAAAGACUCAGUGCAAAUACUGCUCUUAUGAGGAAGAUUCUUGUUAGUGAAGGAUUUUUUGUGCUUGGAGAUAAUGCAUCACCUGUAAUACCGGUGCUUAUAGUCUGUCCUGCAAAGAUAGGUGAGUUUUCAAGAAGAUGCAUGGCAGAAGGUAUUGCAGUUGUGGUAGUUGGAUAUCCAGCAACUCCUAUUCUUACAAGUCGAGUUAGGUUGUGUGCAUCUGCAUCCCACAGCAUUGAGGAUGUACAGAAUGCCAUGGAAGUAGUCAGUAGAAUAGGAGGAGAACUUGGGAUCAAAAUGUGCAAGUAA